AUGCUUUUUCUUAUUUUCUUGACGACUUGUGGACUUUUCAUGUUACUCUCUCUCCACUAUGGAAACACAAAGUCCAGUCUCUUCAAGUUCCCAUCUUUAACCGUUAAAAUUUCCUUCCAAGCGCUUUUUGAAGGUAACGAUUCUCUCACACUUUCCAGGAAAUUAAUGGCCUUUUGUUUCAUGGGGAUAUACGGUUAACAAUGGAUCAUGGUAUAUGAGGAUAUUAUAAACAAGGAAAGUGAAGUUGUAGGUUUUGUCUUGACUUGAAAAAAUGGGAAGAAGAAAGGGUAGGGCCGGUUUCAAAGUUGAAGAGGUUUUGGAGUUCUUUAAUCAUCUCUUGGAGGAAAAGCCCUCUAUUGCUUUCUUAAUCCCCUUGCUUUUGGUUUGUUGGGGUAUUGAGAAAUGGGUUUUCUCUUUCUCCAAUUGGGUUCCUCUUGUCGUUGCUAUCUGGGCUACUUUUCGGUAUUGCAGUUAUCAACAUAGACUUCUUGUGGAAGACCUAAACAAGAAGUGGAAGCGAGUUGUAUUGAACACCUCGCCCAUAACGCCAUUGGAACACUGUGAGUGGCUGAACAAGCUGUUGAUGGAAAUUUGGACCAGCUAUAUGAACCCAAAGCUUGCAACAAGAUUCUCAUCCAUUGUUGAGAAACGUUUAAAACAACGCAGGUUGAAGCUCAUCGAAAAAAUUGAGUUGCAGGAAUUUUCACUUGGCUCAUGCCCACCUUCUCUGGGUCCACAUGGGACUUGUUGGUCAACUUCAGGUGAUCAGCGAAUUAUGAAUUUGGGUUUCGAUUGGGAUACCAGUGACAUGAGCAUUUUAUUAUUGGCUAAGCUGGCAAAGCCAUUAAUGGGAACUGCUCGGAUUGUUAUAAAUAGCCUCCACUUCAAGGGUGAGCUUCUCUUGAUGCCAGUUCUGGAUGGGAGAGCAGUAUUGUACUCAUUUGUGUCAACUCCUGAAGUAAGAAUAGGAGUUGCUUUUGGGAGUGGAGGAAGCCAGUCACUACCUGCCACAGAGCUGCCCGGCGUUUCUUCUUGGCUGGUCAAGGUUUUAACUGACACCUUAGUUAAGACAAUGGUUGAGCCUCACCGUCGUUGUUACUGUUUACCAGCAGUAGAUUUAAGGAAAAAGGCUGUUGGUGGAAUUGUAUAUGUAUCAGUCAUCUCAGCUAGAAAACUUUCUAGAAGUAACCUGAGAGGAAGCCCUUCAAGAAGGGAACAAAGUCAUUCGUUAAAUGGUAGUUUGGUGGAGCAUUUUGAUGAUAAAGAUCUGCGAACAUUUGUGGAGGUUGAACUUGGACAGUUAACAAGGAGAACAGAAGUGAGACGAGGCUCAAGCCCUAGAUGGGAUUCAACAUUUAACAUGGUCUUACAUGAAGAUACAGGAACUCUUAGGUUACAUCUUUACAACUGCCCACCCAACAGUGUGAAGUAUGAUUAUCUAGCAACUUGUGAGAUCAAGAUGAAGUAUGCUGCAGAUGAUUCAACAGCGUUUUGGGCAAUGGGACCUGACUCUGGUGUAGUUGCCAAACAUGCUGAGUUUUGUGGAAAAGAAGUUGAAAUGGUGGUUCCAUUUGAGGGAGUUACUUCAGGAGAGUUGACUGUCAAGCUUGUAGUAAAAGAAUGGCAGUUCUCUGAUGGUUCCCUUAGCUUGAACAAGUUCAAUGUUAGCUCUCAGAAGUCGAUGUAUGGAUCAUCAAAUCUUCUUUCAAGAACAGGAAGGAAGAUUAAUGUGGUUAUCAUGGAGGGAAAAGAUCUUAUUUCAAAAGAAAGAUCUGGAAAGUGUGAUCCAUAUGUUAAACUGCAAUAUGGAAAGGUCCUACAGAAAACACGGACUGCACACAGUUCUAAUCCUUUCUGGAAUCAAAAGUUUGAAUUUGAUGAGAUAGUAGAUGAUGGAUGCCUUAAGAUUAAAUGCUACAGCGAAGAAACCUUUGGAGAUGAAAACAUUGGUAGUGCACGAGUAAAUUUAGAAGGUUUGCUGGAGGGAUCAAUCAGGGACAUAUGGGUUCCCCUUGAAAGAGUGAAUUCAGGAGAAUUAAGGCUUCAAAUAGAAGCAGUCAGAGUCAAUGACUCUGAAGGAUCACGGGGUUCUGUCUCAGGUUCAUUCAAUGGUUGCAUUGAACUUAUCCUUGUUGAAGCAAAAGAUCUUAUUGCUGCUGAUAUUAGAGGGACAAGUGAUCCAUAUGUGAGGGUGCAUUAUGGAAGCUUGAAGAAGAGAACAAAGGUUAUGUACAAAACUCUGAAUCCUCAAUGGAAUCAGACCUUGGAGUUCCCUGAUGAUGGCAGUCUCUUGGAGUUGCAUGUGAAAGACUAUAAUGCCUUGCUUCCAACCUAUAGUAUAGGUGAUUGUGUUGUAGAGUAUCAGGGAUUGCCUCCAAACCAGACUUCUGAGAAGUGGAUACCUCUCCAAGGAGUAACAAGGGGAGAGAUCCACGUUCGGAUAACUAGGAAAGUUCCAGAACUACAAACAAGAAGCAGUUUGGAGGCUGAUGCAUCUUUAACCAAAUCACACCAAAUUUCUAACCAGAUGAAACAAUCGAUGAUCAAGUUGCAGUCUUUGAUUGAGGAUGGCAACCUGGAGGGACUCUCGACAGUCCUGAGCGAGAUGCAAAGCCUAGAGGACAUGCUAGAAGAGUACACGGUACAGCUCGAGACUGAGCAAAUGCUUCUACUGAACAAGAUAAAGGAGCUUGGUCAGGAAAUUAUGAGCUCAUCAUCUUCCUUGAGCACAAGAUCUUCUGGAUUUUGAUGACCCAUGUUAGUUUACUCUCUACACAUAACUAAUUACACUUUAGUAUUAGAGGGGGGGCCCAACUAUAUUGUAUUAUGUGAAGCUUAUAAACUCAGAUCAUGAGUAUCAAGUAAAUAAAUCGGGCCUUCACGUUUCACAAUA